AUGCGCCUCACAAACAACGAGCAGCGCUCACUAAUCCUCGAGGUGGUUCAUCCAUCACAACUACCCGAUGCGAAACCCAUCAGAGUUUUCCUGACGGGGCCAGCGGGAUGUGGCAAGACGUUUACAAUUAACCUCUUGAAGGAGACCUACAACCGCCUAUAUACGAGCCCGGGGUCAGCCAGCAACGCUUAUGUAGCCAUGGAAACCACGGGAAAGGCGGGCAGUGCUAUUGGAGGCGUCACCGUGCACUCGGCUCUAAAGAUAACUAUGAAGAAGGAUGACGUAGGCCUACGUCACAGUGACCUCAAUACCUACCGAUGUGCCUUCAGGGACGUUAGGGCAAUCUUCGUGGACGAGGUCAGCAUGAUGGGCUCCGAGGUGCUGGUCAAAGUGGACGAGCGGCUGCGCCAGAUCACGCAGAACUUCCACGAAUCCUUCGGAGGCCUCGACGUCUAG